GCGAAUGUAUGCCUUCAUGUCGGCGAGUAGGGAAGGCCAGUAGUAGCGAGAGAUGGUGUCGAAGGUUUUUUGGAAACCGAGAUGUCCUGCGGCCUCGGCGUCGUGGUGCUAGGCCAAGAGCUGAGUACGGAGGCCUCGUGCGUCGGGGAUGCAAAGUCGGCGAGUGCCUUUGGUAUCGGUGUAGAGGAGGUUGUUGUGGAGGGAGCAGUCGGGAACUGGGUAAAGAUCACGAAGCUUGUUUUAAAUGUUGUAAGCGUGUUGGUGGGGAUCGUUCCAAUGGAAGGGAUCGUCCUUGCGGGUGAGUUCGUGGAGAGGGUAAGAGAUCUCGACAAAGUUGCGAAUGAACGGGCGGUAAUAGUUGGCAAGGUCGAGGAAGGAACGGAGUUGGAGAAGGCUCUUGGGCGGGCGGUACUCAACGAGGGUUGUGACCUUCGAGGGGUCCAUACGGAUGCCUUUAGCGGAGAGGUAUUCGAUGCUCGAAGCGGCAAACAUACAUUUGCUGAGCUUGGCGUAAAAUUUUUGUUCUCGGAGGAUCGAGAGAACUUUGCGGAGGUGUUGAAGGUGGGACUCGAAGGUGGGGCUGAAGACAAGGAUGUCAUCAAGGUAGACGACGACGCAAACUUCGAGGAGGUUGCGGAAGACGUGGUUCAUUGUAGAUUGGAAGGUGGCGUGGGCAUUGGUGACUCCGAAUGGUCUUAUGAGGAACUCGAUGUGCCCGAACCGAGAGCGGAAGGCGGUCUUGUGGGUGUCCUCGCGGAUACGGAUCUGGUGGAAGCCAUUGCGAAGACCGAUCUUGGUAAAGUACUUGGCUCCACGGAGACGAUCAAGGCGCUCGGAAAUCUGAGGUAGGGGGUACUUGUUUUUUUAUCGUGAUCCGGUUCAAGGCGCGGUAGUCUGUGCACAUGCGGAGUUCCGAAGUUCCACCUUUCUUGACGAAAAGGCAUCUGGUUCCGAAGGGGGAUGAACUUGGCUUAAUUAACCCUUUUUCAAGGAGUUCACUGAGUUGCCGCUUCAUUUCUUCGGCUUCGGGGACAGAGAGUUGGUGUGGAGGGCGGCAAGGUGGAGAAUGUCCGGGUUCCAAAUCAAUGGUAUGGGAUACG